AUGAGCGUCGGCAAAGCCAUCGGCUGGUCCUCCGGCGCGUGCGCGCUCUUUGGUCUCCAGAACUACCUCAUUGGCGCUACCAACUCAAUGCCAAAGGACGAUUUUUGCCGGACGGUCGGCCUGCUGUGGUUGUCCACGGGCACCUGUGGCGUAGCGCUCCUCCUCCGCAGGCCGUCGCGAGGUGUGUUCUACUGCGACUCGCACGAGCAUGGCGGCCCACCGCAGCGCAUCGGCUGCAUCCCAAAAUUAGCGACGCUCUCUGGUGGCCUUGCGCUGGCCACCGCAGCCCUGUUUAUGAAGCUCAGCUUCGCUGCAGAUCCGGACGCGCAAGGGCCACUUUGUUCGGUCGUCUGCGCAGAUGUCAUCCUCGUAUCGCUCCUCUGCCACUUCUUCUAUGACGAACGGCUCUCGCGCGCACAGUGGCUCUCUGUUGCUGCCGUCUUUGCCGGUCUCGUGGCCAUGGCCGGUCCGUUUGGCCAAACCGGCGCCGUCUCGCUGCGCGGCCUCACCUUGGCUGUAGGGGCAAUGGUAAGCUUUGGCGCGUCUGUCUUCUCUGUGAGGAUUGCAUCGGCUGGAAAUCUGGCUGCCUCGAGCGGCUUCAUCGCUCGGGCUCUCGUGAUGGGCAAAGCAGCCGUGCCGCUGCUGCUUCGGGCGAGCUGGGAUGGCGCAGAUCGAAUUAGCAUCGGCCUGCCCCUCAUUUGCGGACUCCUCCAGGUACGAACUAGUGGGGCUUGA